ACGGGGGCAAAAGUACUCCACAUCGAUCCCUAGCUACACCGACCCGCCUCUCCCGUUGCCUUCCGCCGCACCACCCGCAAGAUCGUCGCCGCCUGGACCGAGCUCCGCCUCCUCCAGCCGGAUUCCCCUGCGCCCGCCGCCUACAAACUCGCUCGCCGCCGCCCCUCUGCACCGACUCCGACGCCGCCGCUUCCAAGCCGGAAUCGUCGGCAGCGAGCUCCGCCUCCAGCCCAAGCACUUCCUACCGCGCGACGAGCUUGUCCACCUCGAGCGCCUCCUGCAGCCCGAGCUCGCCGCUCUCCAUCGGCCGAACGCACCAACGAGUUGCUGCCGCCGCACACUCUGUUUCUCGAGAGAAGCGACACCGGCGUGUGUGGCACAGCGAGCGGAGCAUCACUCAAGUAGCGGGAGAUUUUGUCAUGUCGUCAUUCGCCGGUGUAUCAGUCAUCACCAACGGAAAGCACUGCACCACAUCGGCUAUCGACGUCGACACGGACAGCGGGUACCACCUGCUUGUGGUGAAAAACUACUCUCAUGUCAUACAAGAGGUGCCCAACGAAGAGGUAAUCAGAUCUGGGUCUUUCAUGGUAGGAGGCCAUAAGUGGGAGAUCUGGUUCUAUCCUAAUGGUGACGACCCGACUUGUGCUGACUUCAUCUCUCUGUACCUUUGCCGUGAUGACGACGAUGACUAUAUGGAAGAGGCUGUGGAGGUGAUGUUCCAGUUUAGUUUCGUUGACCAGGUCGAGUAUCGAAAGUCUAUGCACAUUCGUCCAACUGAAACAUCCAACUUCCCCAGCAAAGAUCCUUUUGGGGGCAGCAGCAAGUUUGUGAGAAGGGAUACCCUUGAACGAUCAGCUAAUCUCAAGGGUGAUUGUUUCACCAUCCGGUGUGACAUUAUGGUUUGCAACACCCACGAUUCCGAUGGCACCCUGUCAACGAUAGACGAGCAUUUCAACUAUCUCCUUCAAAAUAAGGUGGGUGCUGAUGUGACAUUUGAAGUCUGUGGUGAGAUGUUUGCUGCACACCGAUGUGUGCUUGCUGCCCGAUCAAAAGUCUUCAUGGCGCAGCUCUUUGGCCCCAUGGCGGAGGGCACUACAUCCAGUGUCAUACAGAUCAAAGACAUGGAAGCAAAAGUGUUUGCGGCUCUGCUUAGGUUCAUCUACACAGAUUCAUUCCCUGAGAUGGAAAAGGAGAACAACAUGGAGGAGGAAGGAGAAGAUGAGGAAGACAGACAAGAUGAGGAUGUAAUGUGGCUGCAAGACUUGCUUGUGGCGGCAGACAGAUACGACCUCCGACGGCUCAAGUUCUUAUGUGAAAAACGGUUGUCUGAGCACAUAAAUGUGAGCUUGGUGGCGUCGACUCUUGCUCUAGCUGAGAAGCACCACUGCCACAGACUGAAGGAGGCGUGCUUCAAGUUUAUCCAAGUCCAAUCUCCCAAGUGUUUGGAUGAAGUAAUGGCGACUGAUGGCUGGGAGCAUAUAAUUUCGACACAUCCCUCUGUUUUGAACGAGCUCCUUGCCAAGCUUGUGUCGUCCAAUCAGAAGAUGGACGAGAAGAGGAAGCGGUAAUGGAUGUAAUGCGGCUGCAAUGGUUCCCAAGCCUUUAAGUAACAGUAUUAUACAUAUAUGAGAUGGGAUCCUCUAGAUAGAUGGUAGUCUGUGUGCCUUUUGUUUCAUCGUGUCGUCUGCGUUGAGCACUAGUAAGCACCAUUUAUAUAGGUUGGCAGACAACUCUGUCCCGGUUUGUUUUCUAUGUUAAUUAGCAAAUGUGUUUAUCUUAGGAGGGGAAAAAUGAUGGUCUGAUGCCAAACUCUUCAUGCAAAUCUGGUCACUGUAUUUGAUUAGUAUGCUGGAUGUAGGUCGGUCCAGUUCAUGACCAUACCUCAAAAGGCUCUGCUAUGUUCUCUC